AUGCUCGAGCCCAAUGUUAAGCAAGAAAUAGCAGGACAUUUAGAAAAGCUUAAUACAGUCAAACAGUGUCAACAUGGUUUUGUGAAAGGAAAAAUCGUGUUUGACAACUUUUCUAGAGGUGUUUUUGAGGAUAAUAAAGAGCUUCAUAAGAUGUUAGGAGACAAGAUGAACAAUACAGCAGUUAUAGAGAAACAAGUCUUGGAGCUAUGGGACAGAUUGUAUCAUAAUUGGUUUGUGAAGAAUGUAACUCAUUCUGGAAGACACAAAGGUCACAAAUUCACUAUCCAUCGCCAAAGUAGUUGGCUCGGAGACAUUUUGGACUGGCAGGAUGUUGCCUCUUUUAUUCAUGAAAACAUUGAAACUUUUCUUUCUAUAUUGGAGUCUCUCUGGAUUGUGAUGAGCCGAAAUGUGAGUUUGCUGUUCACGACUGCAACCACCUUAUUGACAGUUCUAUUCCACAGUGGUACAGCACUUCUCAACUUUGCCCUUUCAUUGGUCAUUUUCUUAACUACACUGUUCUAUCUCCUAAGUUCCAAUGAUGAAUACUACAAGCCUGUGAAAUGGGUUAUCAGUCUGACACCCCUUUCCCAGCCAGGACCUUCCUCCAAUAUUGUGGGUCAGUCAGUUGAAGAAGCUAUACG